CGAGAAGGAGGGAAAGAGGCUGUUUGAAUGAGUAACAAGUUCAAUAACCUGCAGGCAGCCAGCCCUUGGAGCUUACUUACUCCGAAGGGAGCAUGCACAGGACUGCAGUUUGUCCUUUACAGGCAGCUCUGCAAAAAGCAGUGCGGAAGCUUGGAAGGUUGUCACAUUUAUUGCGGCACAAGCUUCCGCACACCUAAUCUCACCUACCGCGAUAAAUCUGCUGGGCUUUAUAAGGCGCCCCGUGCCAACUGGAGGCGCUGCUCGCUUUCUCUUUAAAGGGAGGGCACAGGAGAGCGACAGAGAGAUGCGCCGGUUGGCUCGGGCCUCUUAAAGGGCGCCCUGUCUCUUUAAGGAGGAGAGAAGUUAAGGCCGCCGCCGAGCCCUUGCCGUUUCCGGCAACACAGGCCCUCGCUAUUUUUCACUUCUGAGCACUUCGCUGGGACAUUGGUGCAUGAAUGGCAACUGUGGAUGACCUAAAGUUUCAUGAAUUUGAUGAUGCAGCCAAUCUGUUGGCAGCAAAUCCGGAUGCUGUCACAAUAAGCAUUGAUGAACCAGCUGAGAAACAAAAAACAAAGCAUGGACAUCUGCAAGAUUCUGGGAGAGAGGAGGAUGAUGAGCUAUUGGGGACAGAUGAUUCUGAUAAGACUGAGUUGCUUGCCGGACAGAAGAAAAGUGCCCCGUUCUGGACAUUUGAGUAUUACCAAACAUUUUUUGAUGUCGAUACAUACCAGGUCCUCGACAGAAUCAAAGGUUCUGUUUUUCCGGUACCAGGGAAAAACUUUGUAAGACUGUAUAUUCGAAGUAAUCCAGAUCUUUAUGGUCCCUUUUGGAUAUGUGCCACAUUAGUCUUUGCCAUUGCUAUCAGUGGCAACCUUUCGAAAUUUUUCAUCCAUCUGGGCAAACCUGAUUUCCAUUAUGUGCCUGAAUUCCGAAAAGUGUCCAUAGCUGCUACAGCCAUCUAUGCAUAUGCCUGGCUAGUUCCUCUAGCUCUCUGGGGAUUUCUUAUGUGGAGAAACAGUAAAGUUGUGAACAUUGUAUCCUACUCAUUUCUUGAGAUUGUGUGCGUUUACGGCUAUUCACUUUUCAUUUAUAUUCCAACAGCGAUCUUGUGGAUUAUUCCGCAGAAAGCUCUCAGAUGGGUUUUGGUGGUUUUUGCUUUGUGCCUUUCAGGAUCUGUCUUAGUGAUGACAUUUUGGCCUGCUGUUAGAGAUGACAACCGAAGGAUUGCUGUGGCUACAAUUGUGACUGUGGUACUUCUCAAUGCCUUGCUUGCUGUUGGUUGCUUGGCAUACUUUUUUGAUGCCCCUGAACUGGAUGUUGUUAUGCCAACUACUGCACUUCCACAAAAUGUAACAAUAAGAGCAAUAAAGGAACAGUAACUAAGAUAUAUAUUUCUUCAUCUGUGGGAUAUUGCUUUAUUGGGGCUUUCCCAUAUUGAAAAAAAGAAAACCCAAAAGAUAUGAAAAGAAGCAUCAGCGAAAGCCAAAAGUUCUUAAUGACACAUCAGCAAAACCGUCUAAAUUCAUAGUAUCUGACACUUGAAUGAUCAACUAGUAAUGGACUUAGUUGAAAUUCUGCUCUGUUGAAGCAAAAGAUACAAAAGGUUUCAGUUCAGUGGAAUCAAUUUCACCUGGAGAUUUGAAUCCUAAAAAUUUCAGCUGUAGAUUUAAACCCUAAUAAUUUAUUAUUUUUUAUCUUAAUUAUCUGCAUAAUUCUUGUUUUGUCAUAAAAUAAAAAUGACUCAAAAUGCCACCAACAUUUCUAAAUAUUUCUUCCCAAAAGCCUGUAUAUUUUGCUGUAUUUAUAAUACAUCAUCAGCAUCCACAGGAUUUUUGGGGGAGGAUGGGAGCAUAUGCAUACAAGCAUAGUUAUCGCUAAGUUUUGCUCAGAGAAGACCAAUUUAAAUUAGUGGACCCAAGUUAGUCAUGUUCAUUCAUUUCAGAAGGUCUACUCUGAGUGGGACUAGCAUUGGAUACAAACCAUAAUAUUUUUAUGAGUUUGUGGGUCGCAGCCCUCUAUAAUCCCUGGACCCAGCAGGUGUUAGAAUUUAAUCAAGGCUUGUGUGUUAAGCUGAGUGCUAGACACUUCUGAUUCCUGGAUGCAGCAAGUGCUAAAAGCUAAUUAAGCCAGGCUAGCGCAAUGGGCCAUUAAGAGGACCAAGGAUCAAAGUGCUGCUUGUGCUAGAUUGGCAAAAGGCGGGCCUUCCCUCCUUCAACAGAUAAAGCCAGAGUGUAGAGAAGAGGAGCUAGGAAACUGUAAACUGAAGAGACAGCAAGGUGGGUGGGGGAGCAGUGUUUGAUGUCUGUCUGAACCCAAGUCUGUGGCUAUGAGAGAAGACCCUUUUGGGGGGUCUGCUGUGAGCCCCUCCAUCAUAGGCUCAGGUUGUAUAUAUGUGUAAAUAAACCAUAUAUCAUAAAGACACCAGUCUCUGCUGUGUCUCAUUUCCAAAAGGAAACCCUUUGGACCCUGCACCACUCAGAGAUUGGGGUGGCAUGCAACAAUAUAUACCAGGGCCAGCCCACCCAUGAGGCCAGGUGAAGCAACCACUGUUUGUUGACUGCAAGGCUGACAGAACCAGCACAUGAAGGUCGCAGACUGGGCUCGUAUUCAACAAGAAAUUGGACAUUCACUGCUAAUACUAUAGCUUUAUCAUUGCCAUAUCAGAACUAGUGGGGAUGUUAAGGGGUGGGGUUAUAGUGGAAGAAAUCAUAAUCAUCACCAUCAUUUUAUUAUUUAUACCCUGCCCAUCUGGCUGGGUUUCCAGCAGAAAUAAAAAUGCCAAACAUUGAAAACUUCCUGAUACUGGGCUGCUUCAGGUGUCUUCGAAAAGUUGUGUAGCAUCAUUUGCUUUGCCUCCAUCCAUUGCGCCCCACCCACCCCCCCCGCCCUGAAUUUAAUGGGUUGACUCCAUGAGCCAAAGGCGUUACAUUUCUGCAACAGGAUUUUCAGGCUAGUCCAUAACAUCUCCAUACUUGUUCCUUUUUGCACCGGCCUCUGUCUCCUUCUGGGGGUCCAAGUGGGGCACUUUCUCUUUGGCUACAUCUGGGACACUGGGUUGUUUGCUCUCCAGAAAGAUCCAUAAGUCAGAACACUUCUGUGUCUCCCAUCGAGUCAUUGUAUAGCUUGCAACUGAACCUGCAACAAAGGAGAGCAGGAUGUUCCACUGGAGCGGGUAGUGAAUCUUCCGGAUGAAUUUUUGAAGAGCAAAAGCCAUC